GGAGGCUUUCAGUCUAAGCUGUUAUUUAAAGGCAUUAGGAUGGGUCUAGCUACCGGUUUAUUUUUAAUAGUAUCCGUACUACUUGUUUCCAGCUACGAGGCUGCAGUUGUCAGGGGGGUCUUUAAGGAUCCAGCACAUCCUGGAAAGUGUGUUGUUGAUGGUUUGAUCCUUGAAAAAGGUCAAGGUGCGCGCCACCCAAAAAGGUGCGAGCGAGUUGUGUGUGAAGACAAUAGCAAUGCGCAGAUCCAAUCAUGUGGUUCUGUUGGACUUCUUCCUGGUCAAAAAUUCGGAGAAUACAUAUCGCCAAACGGUGAUUAUCCGGCCUGCUGCGAGCGCAAGAUUAUUAAUAAAUGAUUAACUGAUUUUUAAAAGAUAUACAAAUUUAUAUUUUAAUCUAUUGAAAAAGUUCGAGAGACUUAAAGGCUUUCCGAAAAAUUAUUUACCUGACAAGUUGACGUGUUCCCUUGCAAUAUGAAAAGUGUACAUUAACAACCUGUCAAUAAAAUGCUGCGCUUGUCUAGUUAA